GAACAAGCCUUCGCAGCUUUGCUGGCUGAUGGCUCGGUCAUAGCUUGGGGCAAUGAAGACUGCGGGGGAGACGCAGGACGCGUGCAGCAGCAGCUGACACAGGUCGUCCACAUUCAGGCGACCAGGUCGGCCUUCGCUGCUCUUCGCGAGGAUGGAUCUGUGGUGGCUUGGGGUUCGCCUGGUGACGGCGGGGACUGCCAUGCCGUGGCUGACCAGCUGGUCGCUGUGUCUGAGAUCCAGGCAGCCCGUGGCGCAUUUGCCGCCCUCCGGGCGGAUGGCUCCGUCGUGUGUUGGGGACGAGAGGAUCGAGGAGGAAACUGCGCUGCAGUUCAG